UGAACCAUACUGAACCGCACCAUGAUGGAAACAGAAUUAUUAAACUGUGUCUUUGCUUCUUCUCUUCAGGUGACUAAGAUGUUAGCUGUGGUCGUGAUCCUCUUUGCUCUGCUGUGGAUGCCUUACCGCACCUUAGUCCUCAUCAACUCUUUCGUGUCCACGCCGUACCUGAACGCCUGGUUCCUCCUGUUCUGUCGGACGUGCAUCUACGCUAACAGCGCCAUCAACCCUGUGAUAUACAACGCAAUGUCUCAGAGGUUUCGCUCUGCAUUUCGCGGGCUUUACCGUUGCCAGCGGCCGGAAGGACUUCAGAGGACACUGUCAACAAUCCAGACGGGUUUCGGCAAAGUCAGAGAACCCCAAACCUCCCUGGCAACCGACAGCAAAGGAGAUGAUGAGGAGGCGAGGAGGAGGACGAGGAGGAGGAGCAUCCUGGAUGAUAUAAAGACAAAGCAGAAUGGAAGCAGCCACCAGGAGAGAGUCAGCGAUGGCGGCCCUUUUGAAACGUCACUGUGUGGUCGUGAGGAUGAGGAGUGGCCUUCGUCAAGUGACCCCUCAGCAAAUGUUCAACAUUCUGUAAACGACAAAGAGGACAAUGUGUAAUGUUUUUGUCAUUGUAGGACACACAGGGAUGUGAAGGUGAUCACAUGAUCAGCAGGAUCACAUGACGGCACAUUUCAUAUCAACGUGUUUUAACUGAACCGUUUCCUGUUUACAAACAAAAAGUGAAGAGGAAGAGGAAGAGGAAGGUGUUUAACCACAGCAGGAAGUUCACCGGUUUGCUUUAAAAUGUGUUUUUCAUGUAGUGUUUUACGGCUUUAUCACACAAAGACAAAGACAUGGACUGUAAAUAAGGGAGUGUCAAGUGUGAGUGUUGUAUUUCUUUUAUUAUUAGGGUGUUCACACAUGUGUUCAUUAAA